AUGAAGUUCUCAGUGUUGUUUUCCGUUUUCUGUGCCAGUGUCGCCUCCGGAAUGUGCAUUGUUAGAUUCGACCAAGAUUUCCCCAUCCCAGUGGAUACCACGCAGCCCGUCGGCGAUUUUAUGUGCAAUCACGCGGAGCUAUGGCUUCACAAGUUCAGUAACGGCACUGUUGCGUUGGAGUCAAUCGACGACAACAGCAUCGUGCAGAUCAUUCCAGAUGACUCUGUGUUCGCGCAAACAGCCGAGGAUUCAGGCUACCUUCAAUCCACGGACGACGACGAACUCGAGUGGGCACCAGCUUAA